UGUCAGACCUGCCCCUAUGAGGCAGAAGGGGAGCCUGAUCACCUCCCAGACUUGCUCUAGUAGUUCCACAAGGGAGGAGGAAUGAAGCUGCAACUCUAAGGCUUUGGGCGCUGGGCAGCAGGUUGGAGUCACCAUGUGACUAUGUAUGGGGACUUGUGUCUCCUUCAUUUCCUGUGUCAAUGACUAUGAUAAUUAGAGCCAACAGUCUCUGGUUAGUCUACCUCAGAACGGAGACUUUAAGAAAUAUUCCCAAGCAGCUGCCGAAACUCCUUUUGUUUCAGGGAAGUUCCCUGUCUUCUCCGGACUGACAUGGACUGCCUAAUUCUACUGGUGAGAAACAAAACAAAAGAAACCUGGAGUCUGCUCCUCUGUCUGAGUUGACAAGAUUUAAAACUGGGAAUUCUCUUUCUCCGCCUUGUGCUGGCACCUUGUCUCUUCUGCCUUCCCUUCCCUCCCUCCUGCUUCUGCACCACCUAGGGGGAGGCCUGCAUAACUGGCUCCUCAAUACCUCAGGCACCAUCAACUCCUCUUCCCACCCUAGAUGUUGAGAAGUGAAGACCACCGAAGACAGAUUUCCCCACUAACAUUCCAGUUUCUGAAAAAUGGACAAGAAGCUGGAUAUCUUCAGGAGGGAGUUAGUGGAUGUUCAGGGUGUCCCCCUCUUCUGGAGUAUUGCUGAGGAGUGGUCCCAGGUGGAGUCAUUUGAGGCCCGACCAGAUGACCUUCUGAUCUCAACCUACCCCAAAUCCGGAACAACCUGGAUCAGUGAAAUAUUGGAUUUGAUCUAUAAUAAUGGGGAUGUGGAGAAAUGCAAACAGAACGCAAUAUACAAACGAGUGCCGUUCAUGGAAUUGAUAAUUCCUGGACUGGAUAAUGGUGUGGAGGAUUUGAAAAAAAAGCAGUCUCCUCGAUUAGUGAAAACACACCUACCUGUUCAACUUCUCCCUUCUUCAUUUUGGAAGAAUAACUGCAAGAUGGUCUACGUGGCACGAAACGCUAAAGAUGUGGCUGUGUCUUACUAUUAUUUCUACCAGAUGGCAAAACUGCAUCCAGAGCCUGGCACCUGGGAAGAGUUCCUGGAUAAAUUCAUGACUGGAAAGGUGGCUUUUGGUGCGUGGUAUGAUCACGUGAAGGGCUGGUGGGAGAAGAGGAAUGAUUAUCGUAUUCUUUACCUAUUCUAUGAAGACAUGAAAGAGGAUCCAAAGCGUGAAAUUCAGAAAUUGUUAAAGUUUCUAGACAAAGAUCUGCCAGAAGAAACUGUGGAUAAAAUCCUCUAUUACAGCUCUUUUGAUGUGAUGAAGCAGAAUCCAUUUACAAAUUAUACCACUGUAGCAGGAGUUCGUAUGGAUCAUUCCAUAUCUCCCUUCAUGAGAAAGGGUAUUUUGGGAGAUUGGAAAAAUCACUUCACUGUAGCCCAGUAUGAGAGAUUUGAAAAAGAAUAUGAUAAGAAAAUGAAAGGGUCUACACUGUCGUUUCGUUCAGAGAUUUAAGAAAUACUGUUCUUUCUCCAACUCCUUUACCUAACCCUUAAAUUAGAAAAAAAAAUCCCUUCAAACAUUUAGUGAAAAAAAUUCUGCAUGAAAUAUUUCUUUACUUACUAAUAGUAGUGUUUUGUAAUAGAAUAUUCAAAGAAUUUUGGAGUCUACAUAUAAAAAAUCAAGUCUCUAUGAUUUAAUUAAUUAAUGUUCUUACUAUUCUUAAAGACAAAAUAAUAAAAUGAAGUUUAA